CACUCCACCUUUCCUCCUCGCGUCGCUCCAUGUCGGCACCGACGGCGCCGACGCUGAACCACCACGCACCAGGCCCCUCCCCAUCUAUCCUGCGCCGGACACCUCCCCAUCUAUCCCGUGCCAGACCCCUCCCUAUGUACCCCACGCCAUGCCCCUCCCCAUUCAGAUCGCGGCGUUGAGAUACUAUGGCCCAAUGCUACCCUUCGAGCUCAGGCGGCAGUGGUGGCGCUAGGAAGGACUGCUAGAUUUGGAAGUACCCGAGGUCGCCGACGGCGGGCAUGGAUCCAGCUCGAUCUGUCGGCGGGCACAGAUCUAGAUCCAUCCGGCGGAGAGCCAACGUUAGUCUCAUGUGGAUGGUCAGCGACAUUGCAGAGCGGAACAGGGACAUGCCCUUCAUGCUCGACGAUGGCAGCGGCAACAUUGAUUUCAUCAGAUGCAGAGAUGAUGGAUUUUGUACUAUUGUAUUUCCGAAAAUGCAUGUACACGGAAUUGCUAUCUCAAGGACUAAUGGAAAUGAAGAUUGCGCGUUUUUGUUUAAGAUUACUGCUAGAUGGUAUAUUAUUCUCGCUUCAGAUUUAGGAGUGUUCGAAUUGCUACCUAGUGCAAUUGUCCAGUCUCAAAAUUUCAUUGUUAUUACUAGCAUAUUCUAUAUUUCUUGGUAUUGUUCACACCACACCAUUGCUGAAAGCCUACUAGAAAGAAUAAUUAAUCAAUGGUGUGCUAAAUUAAACUAAAGUGUUAUGUAUACAAUUAGAACUAGAUUAUUUACUUUAUAAUUUUUCAUUUGGGCAGAGAUAAUUGUGUGCCUUGUAUCCCAUCUGAUACUGAAGUGUGGGCGGAGAUAAUUAUUUACCUUGUAACAUGUUACUAUUCUUCACAAUUCUCAGGUGUGGUUAAUCUAGAUGUGAAUGUUAUGGUUCGAAAGCAUCA